AUCUUUCUUUCUUUCUUCCCGAGGACAGGUCUGACCGAGCCGAUAGAUCUCGGCUCUCCCCUCUGACGGCGACGCAGAUCCGCCGCCGUCCAUGGCCGCCGCCGCCCCCCUCCCCGUCCUCAUCCUCCUCCUCGCCGUCGCCCUCCUCGUCCCGGCCGCCGACGCCAUCUACUGCGACGAGGACGACUGCUACGACCUCCUCGGGGUGAAGCAGGACGCCAACGCGUCGGAGAUCAAGAAGGCCUACUACAAGCUCUCCCUCAAACACCACCCGGACAAGAACCCCGACCCGGAGUCGCGCGCGCUCUUCGUCAAGGUCGCCAAUGCCUACGAGAUACUAAAAGAUGAAGAAACUAGGGAGAAAUAUGACUAUGCUGUUGCACAUCCAGAGGAGUUCUUCUACAACACUGCUCAAUACUAUAGGGCCUACUACGGAUAUAAAACGGAUACUCGUUCUGUGUUGAUUGGCCUUCUUUUAAUUGUGUCAGCAUUCCAAUACAUAAACCAGUUGACAUCGUACAGUCAGGCCAUCGAAAGUGUGAAGCAAACUCCUGCCUACAGAAAUAGGUUAAAAGCAUUGGAGUUUGAGCGAACAGGAGGAAUUUCAAGCAAAAAAAAGGGCAACAAGCCGAUGGAUAAAAAGGUUGAAGAUGAGCUUAGAAAUGAAGUCGACUUGCAAAUUCAGGGAGUUCAGAAACCUUCUGUGUGGAAUCUUUGUGGUGUCCAACUGAUACUUCUGCCUUACUUAAUUGGCAAGCUGCUUAUUUGGCAAAUUUGUUGGUUUUGGAGAUACCGGGUAAAGAAAUCACCGUAUGCAUGGGAGGAUGCUUGCUAUUUGACUCGGACAUCCCUUAGGAUGCCUGCUAACACAUGGCAAAAUAUUGAUGAGUUUACGAAAGAGGAUCUCGUCAUGAAACGCCUCUGGGAAAAGGCCAACAUGGAGAGGCACAUAGCGGAGGCGAGAAGAGGAUCGAAGCAGCGUAGAAGAUAGCCUGUUGACAGCCCAAUUUUGACUGAAGAUUACGAGAUGAGGCUGUUUAACAGCAUGUCAUUUUAGGAGGAUAACUACAUACCGAGUGGAAAGGGAAGGCAUACAUGAGUCAGGCCUGGGUUCGUCGACCCAUAAACAUGGGACAUUGAUACUGAAGAAACAUAAGAUACAGGGGAUUCUUUUACCAUAUCGUACACCGUGGAGGAGUUAUGUAGUAAUGAUAACAUUUCUUACGUCUAUUUGGAUUCUAUAGAUAUAUCUACUUUGAUGCUGUUUA